AUGUCAAAUUGUCGAGAUUUCAAUCAAAAAGUUGCUCUCAUUACUGGCUCGAGUUCGGGAAUCGGUGAAGAAAUAGCGCUAUACUUAUCAAGUUUGGGCGCACAGGUAGUCAUCACCGGUAGAGAUGAGGACAAAGUCCGGUCUGUUGCUGAACGAUGUCGGGAACUGUCACUUCAGAAAGUGUUGGAAGUGAUGGCAGAUCUAAGUAAAUACGAAGACAUCGAAAGAUUGAUCUAUGAAACGAUCGAUGAGUUCGGAAAACUUGACAUUUUGGUCAAUUGUGCCGGUGUUUCGCAGAUAACUCCCAUUACAAGUCCCGAUCUCAUGAUAUUUUACGACGAAAUAAUGUCCGUAAAUGUUAAGUCAAUACUGUAUUUGUCGAGUCUUUCGGUUCCCUAUUUAGAAAAAACCAAAGGCAAUAUUGUCAACGUUUCCAGUGUUUGUGGUAUACGACCCUUGGGACCACUUAUGGUCUUCUGUAUGAGUAAAUCGGCGUUAGAUAUGUUAACACAAUGUUUGGCACAAGAGUUGGGACCAAAAGGCAUUCGUGUCAAUAGUAUUAAUCCGGCAUCAAUACAGACACCGAUGUACGACAAGUUCGGGAUCGAGUCCUUCAGUUUGGACACAAUUAUCGAAAUGUCGGCCAAGAACUACCCGUUGGCCCGAAUCGGUCAGCCCAUCGAUUGCGCCAAAGCCGUGGCAUACUUGGCCUCCGAUGACGCCUCCUUUAUAUCAGGAGUGUUGAUGCCAGUGGACGGCGCAUCCAUUUAUGCCAAUAUGACGGCACCUCUUAGUGACCACAAUCACGACAACCAAUCAAACACUGAUUGUUACACUCAUUGAUAACCAAUCGAUAAACACGUGUUUCAAUCAAUUGCUUACUAUUUGUCUCUUACUAUGAAAUCUUCAAUAUUUUUGGUGUUAAUUGUAAAUCACGUGUCAAUCGAAUGCAAAUCACUAUUGUAUUGAUUGUGACCUCAAUUUGGUUUACUAUUGAAUGUAAUAUACAU